AUGUCGAAAGUGCUCUUAGAAGAGCUGGAAAAGGGUGAAAAGGGCCUCGGUGCAGAAUCAUGUUCGUAUGGAUUGCAAGAUCUGGAUGAUAUUUCCAUGACCUCCUGGAAUGGCACCAUACUUGGUCCUCCAAAUUCAUCUCACGAAAACAGAAUCUACUCUCUAACUUUGGAAUGUGGCGAAGAGUACCCAGAAAAGCCACCAAAGGUGAAAUUCUUGAGCAAGAUAAAUCUUCCAUGUGUUAAUAGUACGACAGGUGAAGUUGAUGCAUCCAAGUUCCCAACUAUAGGGAAGUGGAAGCGGAGCUAUAAUAUGGAGAUAGUGCUAUUAGAGUUGCGGAAGGAGAUGGCCUCUGCUGCAAAUCGCAAGUUGGCACAGCCAGCUGAGGGGUCUACCUUCUGA